AUGUCGACUCCCGCCCACCUAGCCGCGGAAAUGGAGGCCCUAUUGGCCUAUGAAACAUCCUCAAAUGAUGAGUUCUAUGAAUGCAACUCCGACCCGGAGGUCGCGGAGGGCGUGGCGGCGCAGGAAGAUGCCCCGGAGGCUCUCGACGACGCGCAACCUAGUGAAGAGGCCGCGGAGGCGCAGGAACAGGGCCCUGUGAUUCCAUUUGCGCUCCCGCCUAGUGACACUAUAUUUCACUCACUUGAGGAGGCCUGGGAGUUCCUUGAUAGGUGGACAGGGCCUCGCGGAUAUGGCCUUCGCAUGCAUCGACAAGGUCGUCCCAAUCUUAGCGGCGAUAUCAAUUCAAUCUAUCUAGUCUGUGAUCGCGCUGACCCGCUCUCCGUCGACGUGGACGUCAAAGGUGAGAUCUCUCAAUUCAUCAAGGAGCAACUCCAUGAAGGCCUUGGAGCGCAGUUAACUGUCUCUCGAAUUCGCUCACUAUAUGAUGUUCCAAUCACACUGAAGGCCGCCGAGAAUGAGCGUAAAAGGCAUGAAAAGAUCGACUUGAAUGGUAGAACACCCAUUCAAGCACUUCUUCUAGCAAUCGCAGAGCAAUGGUAA